CACACUCCUCCUCCAACACAAUUAUCAAUCUUCUUGACACCCAUCAAACCUUAAAAUACAUAUUUUCAAGCUAUCUUGAUCAUACGGAUCCUCUGUCUUGUUUAAAGCUCUUGAUCUCAGAGGGGGGGGGGGUUCGAUCUCCCCGUCUUGCCAGUAUGGCCCUCCUGCAAACUUCACUCAUAUGGAUUGUGUAUGCGAUUGUUAUAGUCGUUCUGGCUAUGACAGCGUCGAUCUUCAUAAAUAUUUAUCAGACUCCUCGAGAUCGCUCUUCGGUCGUGAACUUGACGUGUAUUGUUGCGAUCACAAGUCUACUUGCCACGCUUCUUUUACUGCCCGUUGAUGUCGCUCUAGUCUCUUCUACAACAUCAUCGACGCUUGGCCAGAGGAAGUCCUGGGCAACUCCCGAACAAGUUAACAAGAUUACGUCCUUGUUAACCGUUAUUUAUUACAUACUUUAUUCUGUUGACGCAUCUCUGUGUUUCAUCGUCAUUCCUUUCGUCUACUUUUGGUACGAAGAGUAUGACGAAGUGGCAGCCGAAGCAGGCGAACAAUCUGCUGGUAAACGUCUCUGGACUGCAUUUAAAUACACCAUCUCAUUCAUCGCGAUACUGGCUGUGGUUAUUAUUGUUGGACUCCUUGUCCCUAUUGCAAAUGCCAAAGACAGCAAGAACCCCGAAUAUUUGAGGAAGUUGCUGGCUGAAAAUCGGGGAGAGAGGGCCCUUGCAUUUGCAUUCGGCCUACUGAUAACCAUCGGCCUGGUUCUUUAUGUCGUAUAUACUUCAUCAGGCCUUGCUCUUCUCCCCAUUAGGAUGAUUGGGGCGUGUUUACCUGCUUCGGAUGAGACGCGGAAAGCGACUACAGCUGCACAGCUUGAUUUUAACCGAGAGCGACAAGGCCAAUUGGAAGGCCGAUGUAGAGGGAACCCUGUCCUCCUCUCUUCUAAAGACCGUAGAGAGUUAGAUGCUCUUGUGCGGGAUGAAAGAACACUCAUUCGACGACAACGCAUAGCAGAUGAAGCUCGUGGUGAAGGUCGAAGCCUCUUAAUACAAGUGUGGCUGACGAUUACGAGAUUCUUGCAACCAUUCAAGCUUCUGGGUGGCAUCGUCCUGGCAAUUAUUGCACUUAUGAUCUGGCUCUCAAUGCUUCUGACAGCAAUUGAUAAAGCCAAGAAUUCAGUUUGCAAACAUCAUUGUGGAUACAUACUCAGCCGCAUAAGUGUCUUCAACCCUGUCAACUGGGCCUUUGUUCAAUCAGCGAAAGUCUUCCCAGUUGACUAUGCCAUUUUUAUCCUGCUUGUUUUACUGCUCUUUUGCAGCUCGGUUAUCGGGAUCUCUACUAUCGGCAUUCGUUUUCUGUGGAUUCAGAUAUUUCGAAUCAGAAAGGGUCAUACAUCCCCACAGGCCCUCCUGUCGACAACUGGGAUUUUGAUUUUGAUUAUAUUGGCAUUGGAGUAUUCUGUUCCCAUGCUUGUCGCACCACAGUAUGCAACGUUUGGACCACAAACUUUCUGUGAUCGCCUCCCAAGCUCUCUUGGAAACCUACCGAACUGCUCAAAUAGUAGGCAUCUUGUCAAGCCAUGCUCAGAAGAGACGGAUAAUGUCGCUGCGAAGCGAGUCUGUACACCUACCAUCGCUAGCACCUUCCUCAACCGCGUGACUAUAAACUUUCCCUUCUUUGGUACGGUAUUCUUUUGGUCGCAAUUCAUAUUUCUUGCCAUUUUUUUGCUUGUUUUUAUCCCCUCUGUUGUCCGCCCUCCCAGAUUUGAUGAGCGUUUGUUUGACCAAGAUGCCGAAGAGGCCGAAGAAGAAAGCUUACUGUCGAAUACCGGAAUACAUGUCGAUGCCACUUGGCACGGCAUUAUUGAUAGAGCAGGCGGGCAGAGUAGCAUUAGGGGCACAAGGGAAUAGACUCUUAAUGCUCAUCUUCCAGUAUUUACCGUACAUUUUCUACUCAUAAUCCACCAGUAGUAGGUCUUCCUGUGCUGAAUGGUGUUUACGGCAUUGUUUACUAUACAAGGUAUGAAAUAAUGUAUCAGGCACGCAGUACUCAAGUCCGGCAUUCAUUUCUCCAUUUUGAGCGUGGUGUGGAGUGCGGCUAGAAACAUGCAAGCACCCCAUAAUCUAUCCUCAUGGCUUUACACGAUCGUUCAACAGCGCG